GGAAAAACACCUGCGGAUUCACUUGCAGUUGGCAAAGGAUUUGAAAAGAAGACGCUUCACUGAAAAUGAUGGAUCUGCGCCUGGAAUAAAGUCUGCCAGACUGCUGCCAGAUCCAGAGCGGCAGACGGACAGGGAUAGCGAACUGCUUGUUGCAGUCGAAGAGAGUCAACGCGCUGAAUCUACUGCCCAUGACGCUGCGCCAGCGGCCUCUAGUGUAGUCCUUGUGGAUAGCCAACCCGAUGAAGAUUUGGGACUGCCCAACAUCCCCGGCAUCCCUGCAGACUAUUGGCUAUCAGAUGCUCAGCAUUGGCCAGAUUGCAUGUGUGAGUUCUGUAGGAUCUUGUAUUACUACGAAAAUUCGAAUUGAGUGUCUCGACGAGUUAGUUUUUGAAUUGAAGGGCUGUGUAGCGUGUGCUAUAGACACGCCAACUAGCCAAAGCAUGGCUGCGCUGUGGUUUACAUCACGGCCAACUCGUGCACCUAGAACACCUCGG